AUGGAUUUUGAUUUAACAAGGUUUGAAUUUAUAUCUUAAGAGCCUUAUAUAAAGCAUAAUAAUCGCACAUUUUUUAAAUUGAGAGAGAAAAAAAAUUCAUCAAAGGUAAAAAUGUUGUUUUAAAUUAUUAGAUAUUUACAUUCUUAAUAAUAGAUGGGGUUAGCGAAGAUAAUCUUAUGAAAAUUCACAUACAUUGUUAAGGAAGGACUGAUGGAAUAGUGAAAAUAAAAGGACAUAAAAACAUGGACUUUUUAGAUUAAUUUGGGAUAAAAGUUUGCCGAUAAGGAUAUCUCUUAGAAGAGAUCUCAUUAAGUCUUUACUAAGUAGCAUAAGUAGAAAAAAUAAAUGAAACCCUCAUCUAGUAACUAUUGCUUGAUGUUGUAACAAUUUUAGCUGAUUUACAAGAAGAAGAAAUUGCAUUACCAUACAUAACACCUGAUCAAAUAAUGAGAAUGAAGGAUGGGAAAUUUAAAUUAUUUGAUGUUAACCAUGCGAUUAGUGUGAUUGGAAUGGACAGUAGCAUUUAGAGAGAAAUCAAAAGCGAUAUUAACUACAUGGAUCCUGAUACAUUUGCGGCAUCAAUAUCAGGUUAAAUAUCCACUCUUCAGAAUUAUUUUAAGUCAGUUAUUUAUUCUUUUGGAUUGAUAAUCUUGGAAUUUAAUUGUUAAUAGUAAAAAUUAAAUAAUCAACAUAGAUUUUCAAAUCACAGAAAAACAGAAGAACAAAUUGCUUUCAUGUUAGAACAAUUAAGUUUAGUAAGCCCAAAUCUUUCAGAUUUAGUAAAUUAGAUGGUUUAGUCUUCAAAAAAUAAAAGACCUAAUUGCAAAGAAGUUUAUGAUUAUUUGUUAGAGAUUAAAAAGAAAAUUGAAAAUAAAGUGGAUAAUUAAAUAGGUUAAGAAAAUAUUUAGCAGCAAGAUAAUACCUUUAAUUGGACUAGGCAAUUUACUAUUUCAUAACCAAUUAAUGAAAACUUCUGUUCGUAAGAAUAAUUUGGAGAAACAAAUAAACAAGUUUAAGGUCAGCAAGCUUAAAAGUUUUAAGAUAGUUUAGUUUAUAGUGAUAAUUGCCAAACAAUUUAAUUUGUUUAAAGUGGUAUCAAAUUACCCGAAAAUCUGAGGAACUAAAUAAAACUAUGGUAAGAACGGCAAUAAUAAGUAUAAUCACAGUAAGACUUUACUUGGAAAUAAGAUGAGCCAAGUAAUCAUCUAGAGAGUUCAGAUGAAAUAGAAUAAAAUUUUUAUAAUUAAAUGGCAUUUGCGUAACUACUGGAGAUACUCAAUAGAUUUCCAUUGAUUAAAUAAAUAAAUGAGAGUGAUUUGAUAAUAAAUGAGUAAUAAUUAGUUUUUAAAUAGCGAAUACAAUAUCGAUGAACAAUAAAAUAUUUUUAGGUGCACUUUUCAAAAUUAAGAAAAAGUUGUUAAAAUAUAUCGAAAUAAACCAGCCUCUUAUAUCUUUUAAUUACUCAAUAAUAUAAAUCACAUUUAAAAAUUAAAGAUUCAUGGUUUAUGUAUUUAUGAAGGAUAUUGUUUAUAAGAAUCAGAAAACGGUCCUUUUUUAGGAACACUAUAUCUUAUAACAUAAUUAAUGAACUGUGAUUUAGAAAGAGCUUUGGCUAUUCCAUAAAUACAAUUAAAAAAAUAGAAAGAAUAAGUAAUUUUAAAUAUAUCUCUGUUUCUUAAAGCAUAUAAUGAACAUUUUACUCAUGGAAAUCUGAAACCUUCAAAUAUUUUAUUAGGUAAGGUAUUUAUUAAGAAGUAGAUAAUUAAUUAAACAUUUAUGUAACAGAUUAUGGCUUAAGCGAAGUAAAAGGAGAAUUAGACGAUUAACUCUAUAGCAGUAAACCUUUAUGUGUGUAUUCACCUCCAGAAAAAAUUUUAAAAAAUACAUUAUCGAACACAUCAGAUGUUUGGAGUUUUGGAAUCAUAAUAAGUGAUAUUCUUACAGGAUAAAAAAUGAGCAAUUCCAUCAUCUAAAAAUUAGGAAUGAAGGACCAUUCUUAACAAGGACAUUUAUAAAUCGAUAAAUUGGAUUUUUUUACUUCAACAGAAUAAAAUAAUAAAAUGAAGAAUCUACUUAAAUAGAUGACUUAAUUCAAUUGUUAAAAGAGAAUUACAAGUGAUUAAGUUUAUAAUGAACUUAAAAUUAUUUUUUCAUGGACAGAUCAAUCAAAUUUCAAGAGCAAUAAUAAUAAUUAUUGUUAUGCUGGAAAUAAAAUCUCAUAAUCAAAUAUAUAGAAAAACAAUUAUGUAUAACCUUAACCAUAAUUAUAUUCGGUAAAUUAAAACUAGUAAAGUCCAUCAUUUACUAGCAUCAAAUAGACUAUUUAAACUAACCAAAAUAAAAUACAAAGAAACACUGGAUUAUCCCAUAAAAUUCCACCUCCUUCAGCUAGAUAAUAAAGAUUUGAAAAAUCUGGCGGUGAGUUUUAUAUAUAAGGAAAGACAGUUAAUUUAUAACCACAAGAUGGAGGAAAACAAAAAAAAACAUAAUGAU